CCUGAUUAGUCUCUUUCUUUACACAAAGAUUCCUUUAAAAAAAAAAAAAAAGCAAGCAAACAAACAAAAAACUAUCUCUAUUUCUUAUUUGCACCUUCCUCCGGGUCCCCGCGCCGCCAGCCUGCGCGCCUCCUAGCACCACUUUCCACUCCCGAAGAUGAAAGGCGGCGGUGUCUCCCGGUGGAAGGUGGCCGCCGGGCUCCUCUUCGGUGUCAUGGUUUUUGCAUCUGCCAAGAGACCGGUCUUCACGAAUCAUUUUCUCGUGGAGUUGCACGAAGGAGGAGAGGAAGCGGCUCGCCAAGUUGCAGCGGAGCACGGCUUUGGGGUCCGAAAGCUCCCCUUCACUGAAGGCCUGUACCACUUUUACCACAAUGGCCUUGCAAAGGCCAAGAGAAGACGCAGCCUACGCCACAAGCAGCAGCUGGAGAGAGACCCCAGGGUAAAGAUGGCCCUGCAACAAGAAGGAUUCGACCGCAAAAAACGAGGGUAUAGAGAUAUCAAUGAGAUCGACAUCAACAUGAAUGAUCCUCUUUUUACAAAGCAGUGGUAUCUGAUCAAUACCGGACAAGCCGAUGGCACUCCUGGCCUUGAUCUGAAUGUGGCCGAAGCCUGGGAGCUGGGCUACACAGGGAAAGGUGUUACCAUUGGAAUCAUGGAUGACGGGAUUGACUAUCUCCACCCGGACCUGGCCUCGAACUAUAACGCCGAAGCGAGCUACGACUUCAGUAGCAACGACCCCUAUCCUUACCCUCGGUACACAGAUGACUGGUUUAACAGCCACGGGACCCGAUGUGCAGGGGAAGUUUCUGCCGCAGCCAACAAUAAUAUCUGUGGGGUCGGAGUGGCAUACAACUCCAAGGUCGCAGGGAUCCGCAUGCUGGACCAGCCGUUCAUGACGGACAUCAUCGAGGCCUCCUCCAUCAGCCACAUGCCCCAGCGCAUCGACAUCUACAGCGCCAGCUGGGGCCCCACGGACAACGGCAAGACGGUGGACGGGCCGCGGGAGCUGACGCUGCAGGCCAUGGCCGACGGCGUGAACAAGGGCCGAGGCGGCAAAGGCAGCAUCUAUGUGUGGGCCUCCGGGGACGGCGGCAGCUACGACGACUGCAACUGCGACGGCUAUGCCUCGAGCAUGUGGACCAUCUCCAUCAACUCGGCCAUCAACGACGGCAGGACGGCCUUGUACGACGAGAGCUGCUCCUCCACCUUGGCCUCCACCUUCAGCAACGGGAGGAAGAGGAACCCCGAGGCUGGAGUGGCAACCACAGAUUUGUACGGCAACUGCACUCUGAGGCAUUCUGGGACAUCCGCAGCUGCUCCAGAGGCAGCUGGAGUGUUUGCUCUGGCUUUAGAGGCUAAUCUGGGUCUCACCUGGAGAGACAUGCAGCAUCUGACUGUGCUCACCUCCAAACGAAACCAGCUUCAUGACGAGGUCCAUCAGUGGCGGCGGAAUGGGGUCGGCCUGGAGUUCAAUCACCUCUUUGGCUAUGGGGUCCUUGACGCAGGCGCCAUGGUGAAAAUGGCUAAAGACUGGAAGACGGUGCCGGAAAGAUUCCACUGUGUGGGUGGCUCUGUGCAGGACCCUGAGAAGAUACCACCCACUGGCAAGUUGGUGCUGACCCUCACCACCGAUGCAUGUGAAGGGAAGGAAAAUUUCGUCCGCUACCUCGAGCACGUCCAAGCUGUCAUCACAGUCAACGCAAGCAGGAGAGGAGACCUGAACAUCAACAUGACUUCCCCUAUGGGCACCAAGUCCAUUUUGCUGAGCCGGCGGCCGAGGGAUGAUGACUCCAAGGUGGGCUUUGACAAGUGGCCUUUCAUGACCACCCACACUUGGGGGGAAGACGCCCGAGGAACCUGGACCCUGGAGCUGGGGUUUGUGGGGAACUCCCCCCAGAAGGGGGUGUUGAAGGAGUGGACACUGAUGCUGCAUGGCACACAGAGCGCUCCUUACAUUGACCAGGUGGUGAGGGAUUACCAGUCCAAGCUGGCCAUGUCCAAGAAGGAGGAGCUGGAGGAGGAGCUGGAUGAAGCCGUGGAGAGAAGUCUGAAGAGCAUCCUGCACAAAAACUAG